AAGAUGCUGUCUUCUGCCAAAUCGAACCGAACCCACAAAACCUUGUUUUUGAGUCUGAUACGCAUUGAGAAUAACAAUGUACAUGAUAGCCAGUAAAGAAUUGAAGAGGGGAUGUGAUGUGACUCCCCAAAUCCCUCCAUUAUCUUGGGCUCUUUCUGAUUCUCUCCUCUCUUUUAGAUGCUCUGCCUGCUUUUCAAAACUUAAUGUUUCAUAUCCAUGCACAGCUCAAUGCGGAGGCUCUGUAAUUUACUGUUCUCAACAAUGCAGAGAUGCAGACAUUGACACUCACUUGCGUAGCGGAGAAUGCCAUCUUCUCAGCAAUGUCCAUGGACUCCCGCCCACCUCAACCUCUGAUUUACGCGCAGCUCUCAGGCUUCUAUUCCACCAACGUCCUUCACCAUCAUCCUCCAACCCCCGGAUUGGCGAUUUAAUCACCAAUCAUGAAUACCUUGUUGGCAGAAAAAGAAGAAAAUCAUCUGCCAGUAGCAACGGACAUGAUUCUGAUUGCCAAGAAAUUGCCCAAGAAAUUGAGGAAGGCGCCAGGCUUAUGCAUUUAGCGAGAACACAUGUUGGUGGAGCCAUGGAAUGUGAUGGGGAUGUGCAGAGAGUGGAAGAGGAGGCGUUGUGUGCUGUGAUCACCAAUGGGGUAGAGGUGCAAGUGGAUCAAUUUCAAGAAACGUCCACUCGGGGAAGUGAAAUGCAGAGCCUUGUGCUGGGGACAGCUGUUUAUGGACCCCUGUUUUCAUGGUGUAAUCACAGCUGCAGGCCCAAUGCCUGCUACAGAUUUGUUCUCAAUACAGGAAGGACAUCAUGCGAUUCACAGUUCCAAAAGACAAUGGUUUCUGGAAACAGUGUUUUCAUAGAGCCUGGAAAUAAGGAAUUCAACAUUGUCUCUCUUGAAAAGGAACCAGGGAUCAAGAUUCAUGGUCCAAGAGUGGUAUUGCGAACAAUAAGAAGCGUGUCAAGAGGGGAGGAGAUUUUCAUCACUUAUACAGAUCUGAUGCAGCCCAAGGAGACAAGGCAGGAGGAGUUAUGGUUGAAAUAUCGGUUUGUUUGUCAUUGUGAGCGAUGUGAUCUCCCCAUGACAUCAUAUAUGGAUCGAAGUUUACAGGAAAUAAAUAAUAUCAGCAUGAUCCAACCAAGCUGUGAAAGUGACUGCAGUAAGACUAAAUCAGUGAAAACACUAAUGGAUGAGAUCAAGUGUGGAAUAGAAGAAUUUAUUUCCAACAGUGAUGCUGAUAGUUUUUGUGGAACUCUUGAACACGUAUUGGGAAAAAUUGUUGUUCCAAAAGGAUCAGUGAUGAAUUUAAACCAAUUACAGUCAGGGAAGAGUGUCUUUCUGAUUCAUCCUUUACAUCAUCUGUGCCUUUCUGCAUACACUGCUUUGGCAUCAGCAUACAGGAUUCGUGCAAAUGGUGCAUUGCACUUUAGCUUAAAUAAAUGUGAUCUGGCUUCCAAUGGAUUUGACUUUCCAAAAUCAGUUUUUGUCUGUACAGCUGCCAUGACUACUGAGUCAGUAUCAAGGGAACAUGACCAUGAUGUUCAUGGCUAUAGUCCCGCAAAUUCUUUUGUAAAGAGAUAUCAUAUAAACACUUGCCCUCAGGAAUGUUCCAUUUCUGGAUCAACUGACCUUUUACACUCCCAUAUUGUGGCUAAGAAAGAGAUUUGCAACUGCCAGUAUGCUACGACCAUGGAGGACAGUGAAUUAAUUAAAGCUUCGGAUUCUUCUAGAGCAGUGGCAGCCUAUACUUUAUUACAUGCAGGUGUGGUUCAUCAUUUCUUUCUUGCUGGUGAGCAGGGCUUGAUCAUGACAGCUGCACGUUUCUGGAUGACUGCUGGGGAGGCUUUGCUUAGUUGGAUAUUGGGUUGUGGAUUUCAAGCAUCCAUUUCAGAAAUGAAUUGCCAUUCCGUAAGGAAUUGGCUGCAUUUAAUGUUUGGACCUUUGUCCCAGCGCACAGAAUGUAGUUGUUUUCUGCUGAACUAUAGCAUUGGAGUUAUGUGGUUGCACUUACAUUCUAAGUGUGGAUGCCACUUUGGAGAACUCCUUGAAGAAGACUUAGGAAGUGUAGAUGGAUAUCCAAGGCUUCUGAGAGUUUCAGAAUUCUUUCUUAGGUGCAUGAACAAGUUUGUCAAAUUGUUAUGGCCUUUGUUGCAGUCUGGACUCCCAUUUUUAGAAGCCAUACUGAAUCCAGUUGAUUACAGCUGGCUUCCUGACUCUGAAAAACAACAUCUCCUGCGUCAAACCUUUGUGCAGGAUAAAGUUGAAAGAAAGAAUGAUGAAAAGGAAGACAGUUGCAUCUGUAUUGAUCUUAAAGAAUGUGAUUUCAAUAAGAAUUCAUCUUUAGAAAUAUCAGAAAGGUUAUGCCUAUCGGAAAAAGAUAGUGCUUCUUACUGCAGUUGCAUGAAAAAGGAGGAUUUUUUUGCUAUUUAUUGUGCAGUUCACUGCAUUUGUUACAGCAAAUAUCUUUUAGAGGUAUGCUAUGGUUCUGAUCAUCCUUUGGUUUAUUAUUAACGGAGUUUACUAUAAUUUGGUUCAUGAGGCACUUGCAAGAUUUUAGCAGCAAAUGAUAGUGAUGUGAAACUGUGGCGGAUAUGGUUAUGCUGAAUGAUUUUUGGGAUUCCAAUUAGCAUACUAUGAAGCAGUUUGCAGUGCUUACACAACUAGACUCUGCUUCCAAAACUCCCGUCUCCAUCUUCUAUUCAUCUGAACUCUGGAGAUCCAUUCUUGCUUGGCCAAUCAGUGAAUAUCAUUUGAAACUUAUGAACAUUUGAUGACAUUGAAGCGCAGUAUGCAAAUGGAACUACAGUGGCUUGCUAUAGCGAUUCAGAAAGUCCUGGGAAAGCUACUUGUUCUAGCUUGAUUCCUAAUGUAUCAACACUCUUUGUAAUUUACAAUUUAUAUUUUGUCGUAACCAGAACAUUAUCAACUAGUAUCUGUAAAAGUAUUGCUAAUGAGGAUAUCUUUAAUUUCUGUUAUGAUAAA